CGUCGAGCGAGCCUUGUUAUAGAUUAAUUUAAAAUUUGAAAUUGCGUUCGAUUUCGGCUUGAUAAAGGAAUUUCUUCAACGAAUUAGUUAACGAUGUAUCGCGUUGUGUUUUCUGUGAUUAUCGCUUUCCUAAUUUGCAUAAAUUAUCAGCGAUACUCUUCAGCACUAAGUGACGUAUAUAAAAUCGACUCAUUCAUUUAUCUUAACAUAUCUACAUUCAUUAAAAAUGACAUGCAAUAUGUGAAACUGAAAUUCUCGAUUCACCAGAAAUUCCAUAAAUUUAACCUGAAAAUGGACGAUUCUUUCUUCUCUGUAGCAGCAAAAGUGUACGUGCAUUCGGAAGAGGAAGCCGUAAAGUUGCAUCUUAGAAACAUGCCAUCUGCAUCCAUAUUCGUAAGAACAUCCUCCGAUCAACCAAUUAUUUACGGGUAUUUUGUAAAUGGUGUGUUUAUUGGAAGUUUUCAAGAUGGCGGUGAAGUUUAUUACGUAGAACCAAACUAUUACCAUAAACAAUUUUCUAGUAUGCAAAAGGGAGUUAUCGCUUAUAGCCUUAAGUCAGUCGUUGCUUACAACACUGAUACUGAUGGUAAAAGAAUUUGCCAGGAAGAAUUGGAAGUAAACCAAUUGCAAAUCAGCAAGGAAAGUGAUAUUCUUUACGAUUAUUCUUCGAAUAUUUUAGCAAAAAAUGAAAAAUCUCGGUUGAGUUGUUCUUUAGAGCUUCUAGCAGAUUACACGUUCUUCAAUUAUAUGAACAACGAUCUCAAUAGAACCAUUUCAGAAAUGCUGUAUCAUGUUAUGAAUGCCCAAAUCAUCUUCCAAAAUGUAGAUGCAGAUGGUGAUGGCAAACCGGACGGGAUCGGAUUUAAUGUAGAAAUGAUUACAAUUUUAAAAAGUGAAAACAUCAUCCGUCAUCCUAUACAAAAUAUAAAAACAAAUGAUUAUAAGGAAUUUCUGGAACAUUUAUCAAAAUAUCAUCAUCCUUACUGCAUGUCGAUCUAUUUUUGUCACAGAGAUUUCUGGAACGAAUCGGGUUGUGCCAUAACAGGAAUUACUGAUAGAAUCUGUUCCGAGUCUUCAAACAGUUCGAAGAGAAACGGUGUGAUAUUUAUUUCAAAUCUUGAAAGAAAUCGCGUAGUGCCGCGAUUUCGAAUGUCUUCCAACUUAGUUCAUCAAUUUGGACACGCUUUCGGAUGUUCUGACGAUCCUGUGACCUGUAGACCUGGCGAUUCCAACGACUUGGCUGGAAAUUAUAUUAUGUAUCCCGAUUCACCUUAUGGAUCAUAUCCAAAUAAUUUUAAGUUUUCACCUUGUAGUUUGAAAUCUUUGAGGCAUACUCUUAAAGCAAAAGAUCAUUGUUUGAAGAAACUCGAGAAAUCGACGUGUGGAAAUGGUGUCAUUGAAGAGGGAGAAUCGUGUGAUUGCGGUGAAUCUGUUAGUAAUUGCAAGUGUUGCAACCCUAAAGGAUCUCCAUACGAGUGUACUCUAAGCAGAAAUGCUCAAUGCUCUCCUGAGUUAUCAGAAUGUUGCGAUGAUUCUUGCAACUUUGGUUCAAAAACUAACACGACAUGUUUUAGUAAUAAAACCUGUUUUAACGUUUCCAGUACGUGUCGUGUAGAUUCACCAUUCUGUCCAACAUCUCCUGAGCCUGAUGGAUCACCUUGUCUUGGAACUUCACGGACCUGCCGCGAUGGUAAAUGCAUCAGUAACAUUUGCGAAGAUAAUGGUUUAGAAUUAUGUGAAUGUAAGUUUAUUCGUUGGGAAUGUCACAUAUGUUGCAAGAGCCCAAACACUUCAUGUCUCAGUGGUCAACGUUUCAAUUUUUUCACUCCUGAUCGUCGGUUAUAUUUGAAACAAGAAGGCUCGUUAUGUGGCAAUAAUUUCGGAAGAUGUUUAAGCAAUGGAAGGUGCCUGAUAAGAAGAUCCUAUAAUCUAUGGUUUCAUAUUUUUCCAUUUCCUUUCCUUUUGCUGUUUUUUAUUUGUUUCGUAUUCUUGCGUUACGUUGGGAAGAAACGUUAUUAUGCGAGACAGUUGUCUGUUAAAUCAAGGAGAAAGAAAACAUGAUUUAUAAGGAUUCAAAUUAAGGAGGAAUAUCUACUUGAUCCUCCUAAAUGCAUACGUUUUCAAGUCAAGUCGGCAAGUUGCUGGAAUAUGAUUUUUUCAUUAAAAAAUCUUUGCAUUUCUUAGGAUAUUUCCAAAUAUUUUCGAUAAUAUAUCCUCAAAGCUGCUUUAAGAGAUAGCUUUUCAAAAUCACUGAAGCAUUCCUGAAAAUCUUCAGGAAGCUUUGAAGGCCUUCAGAAACGUUAUGGUUCCUCAAGCCGUUUUUAAAUUUUCUUCUAAAAACUAGAAAUUUUUUGAAGACCAAAGUGUUUUCAGUGUGUAAGAUUUCAAAAACUUGACCGAUUUUUCGGAAGACUCAGAUUUCCAAAAUUUACAGAAAUAUGAAUCGUGCUGAAGAGUUUUCAGAAGAUUAAUUUAAAAAGUCGAUUCAAUAUUUAUACUGCAAAGAAACUAUUGUAAAAUCGGUAACAUUAUUGAAUAAAUAAAUUUAUCUUUAAAUAAUUGAAAUAACGUAGAGAUUCAGUAGUUUUGU